UGGAUGUAAGAACGAACCCAGUUGCACAACUCCCCUACACACUUAACGCCACCGCGGCCAUCACUUGUCUGCACCUCUAGCUGCCGUAUCGGGCAACAAGCCAUAGACCUCGUCAGAGAUGUUCUCAUCCUCUCGAUCUAACUCGCCAAAGCCAAACUCGCGGCCUCCAUCUCCCUCAAUGCAGGCUGAAAUUUCAUCGUCGCGGUCGAGCUCGCCAACUAAGGAUCGAUCGAAUUCACCCAGACCGGGCGCUCUCUUCAAAGGCUUCCAGAGACGCCUUACAUCAACUUUCAGAAGGGGUUCUGUGGAUGAGAAGACCGCAAAAGAAAUUACACACUCAAAAUUGGCGUCCUCGCCCAUUACCGCUGUAGUAGAUGCGUCGCAGGCGACUGAAUCUACUCCCAACACGAAAGCGGAGUCCACAUUGUCCCUUCCUCCGGCCAUCGAGCCCAUCGAAAAACCCUCAGCUCCUCCGGCACCUGAAGUGGACGUGAACCCCGUUGUCGAGCGUCAAGCUAACUUCUCAGACUCUCCAAAGUCCAUUUCCCAGGAGAUAGCAUCCAUUGAGGAACUUCAAGACCAGAAUCCGAAAAUUGAUCCGUAGGUUCCCCACCCUCUUUUUGUCUCGUUUCUAAUGCGUAUGCCUAGCGUUGAGGGCUCUCAAACCCAACCUGAAGGCGAAAGGGAGCCUCGAUCGGAGAGCCCUCAGUCAAUCGAGGCAUCAGGCGUCCAUCAGCAGCUUGCUGAUGAUCCUGAAGAUGAUCCUGACCUGCAUGUGGGAACUGUGUAAGUGAAACCUCAGUUCUUGUUUCUGGGC